GUGCACUACUUUGAUGUUUAUUAUCUAUAAAUCAAUGUUUUUUUUUCUGUUUGUUUAACUGGGUAGUGGUAUGUAAGAAUCGAUUUUGGUGUAGCUAUUUUAAAUGUAGAUGUAACAUCCUCUAUAUAUCCAGAUAAACACAUACAUGCGUAUUCGGAGAAAGAGAUGCACAUUGCUCAUCUUGAUUUCGAUUGGAUGAUUUGAAUAAAAGUGAAGAGAUAACAUAAAAAUGUUUUUAAUUUUUAUGUAACUAUAAAUUUAAAGAAUAAAAUAAGAUGCACACAAAUUUGUUAAGAAGGCCUUUUUUCUUUUUUUUUUUUGCUCUUUUCUUUGAUAGUGAACUCAACAACUAUUUGUUGUAUGAAAGUAAAGUAAUUUGUUUCGAUACAAUACGGAUUAUUAGAACUAGUACUACUAGUACUACUACUACUACUACUACUACUACUACUACUACUACUACUACUACUACUGCCUUUGGCAACUAUCCAAUUUAUAAAGCGCAUUCACAAUCCGAUAUCACAAUAUAAGAGUAAAAGGACUAAAACAAAAAUAGGAAUUUACUGAACCAACAAGAUGGAAAAUCGUCGUGCAUUAAUGAAAUCUACUGAUAUGCAAGGACCAUUACAGAAAAUUGUUGUAGACACAUGUGUGGUAGCUACGGAACAGUAUGAUGAAGAAAGAGAUAUUGCAGCUUAUGUUAAGAAACAUAUGGAUAAAUAUGAUGGUGGUGUUUGGCAUUGUGUUUUAGGCAAGGAUUUCGGAUGUUAUGUAUCACAUUUGGAUGGAUACUUCAGUUACUUUCAAUUCCAAGGAAAAUCAAUGAUUGUCUUUCGAACACAAUAAAACGAAGGCCUACAUUAUUAACAUUAUUACUAUUAUUUGAGAACGAGACAGUGAUUUUAUUAUUUUUAUUGUCAUUAUUCAUUAUGUGUAUACGAUUUAAAUACUGAUAUGUCUGUAUUCCCCUCUGUAUAAAUGUAUUUUAUAUAAUUAAAAAAGCUUAACAAUGGUAUAAAAAGGUAUUUUUAC